AUGGGUUCCGAAAAGAACCUAGCCAUGAUGGACCCCGAGAAGCAUAUAGCGACUGCAUCUAAUCCUUCAUUGGAAUCUGAAGUCGGAGAAGUGACUGCUGUGGAGCAAAAUGCACAAGAUCAUGCACCCCACCAAUUGCAGAGGAAUUUCAAGGCGAGGCAUGUGCAAAUGAUUGGAUUGGCAGGAUGUAUUGGUAGUGGUGUUUUCAUCAGCACUGGAGAGGCACUACAGACAGGCGGUGCCCUUGGUUUGCUCAUCGCCUACCCUCUGAUCUGUUCCAUGGCGCUAUCCAUGCUUACAGUGCUUUCAGAGGCAACCUGCCUCUUCCCAACCACUGGAUCUUUCAUCGAUCAUGCAAGCCGAUUCGUUGACCCUGCAUUGGGCUUUGCUAUUGGCUUCUGUGAGUGGUUCGGCGCCAUUACUGUUGUUGCAGCAGAGGGAUCUGUAUUUCCGGUCGUCAUCUCGUACUGGACUACAUCUGUCUCUGAUGCAGGCCUGAUGACUAUUUACCUAGUAGUGGUUUUCGCAUUCCAUGUGAUGCCUAAUCGCUGGUUUGCCGAAUUUGAAUUUUACUCUGGCAUUGUGAAAUUGACCUUGAUGGUUGUGGUCAUGCUCACAAUGGUUGCUAUCUGUGCCGGUGCUGGUAAUGGAGAUGAAUAUAUCGGUCAGAACUACAAUACCCUCAAGAUUUUCCCUAACGGCUUCAAGACUCAGGGCAUUGCUCGUUGCUUCCUUCUUGCCUCCUGGGCAACCGGAGGCCAGGAGAUCAUGGGAGUUGUUGCUGGUGAAGCUGCUUUCCCUCGUUGGGACCUUCCUCGCGCUCGUGUCAAUCUGUUUAUCCGUAUCCUGGUUAUUUACCUCAGUGCGGCCGUAUUCAUUUCUGUUCUCAUCCCAUACACGGAGCCACUGCUCCUCAGUACAAGCAAUCUUGCCUCUUCACCCUUCGUCAUCGCAAUGAACUACGCUGGCAUCCGAGUUCUCCCUGACAUUGUCAACGUCGUACUCCUCAUAUGCCUUUGCGGUAUCGGGUCAGAGGAACUCUUUGUAGCUUCACGAGUCCAGGUUGCGAUGGCAGACAUGGGUAUGAUGCCAGCUGUCUUCAAGAAGAUUGAUAGCAAGGGGCGACCAUGGGCCUCCCUGCUCUGUUGUUCCAUGAUUGCUAUUGCUUUCACAUAUAUGUGUCUUAGCACCACUGGCGCCAUCGCAUUCAACUGGUUCUCUUCUAUUAGUGCCACAACCACUUUCUUUGCAUGGAUGAUCAUCCCGGUUACCAAUUGGUGCAUGCAUCGCGCUCUGCGUGCACAAGGAGACACUGCAUGGUCAGAGCCAUAUGCUUACAAGAGUUGGCUCUGGCCCGCGAUCCCGAUCUACCUGUUUGUUACCACGGUCUUCACCUUCGUUUGCACUUUCUGGGUCGCUGUCGACCCGAUAGGGGGCUCAGACUCCAGUGGUCUCGCCGCGGAUUUCUUCGAAAUCAUGUUAUGCUUCCCACUAUUUGUUUUGGCAUACAUUGCAUACAAACUGUUUUACAGGACGAAUUUUCAGAACCCAAAAACGGCCGAUUUGGUUACGGGCAGACGGCGUUUGACAAAGGAGAACAUUGAAUUUUUGAAUAAUUAUGGUGCUUCACCCUGGUAUAGUAAGGUCCUUAGCUAUGUACGUUUUGGUUAG